GCUACAUAGUGAACCAGAGGACAUCAUUGAGAAAAAGUGCUUGUUUACGGAGAUACAAACCAGGAGAAAGACAGGAUGAGCACUGCUGGAAAAGUUAUUAAGUGCAAAGCCGCUGUGCUGUGGGAAAUGAAUAAGCCCUUCUCUGUUGAAGAGAUAGAAGUUGGCCCACCAAAGGCUAAAGAAGUUCGCAUUAAGAUUUUGGCCACAGAAAUCUGUCACACAGAUGACCAUGUGAUAAAAGGAACAAUGAUAUCUAAGUUUCCGGUCAUUCUGGGACACGAAGCAGCUGGGGUUGUAGAGAGCAUUGGAAAAGGAGUCACUACAGUGAAGCCAGGUGACAAAGUCAUCCCUCUCUUUUUGCCACAAUGUAGAGAAUGCAAUGCUUGCUGCAACCCAGAGGGCAAUUUCUGCAUUAAGAGCAAUAUUUCUGGUUGUGGAUUACUGUCUGAUGGCACUACCAGGUUUACAUGCAAGGGCCAACCAGUCUAUCACUUCAUGAACACCAGCACAUUUACUGAGUUCACAGUGGUGGAAGAGUCUUCUGUUGCUAAGGUAGAUGACGCAGCUCCUCCUGAGAAAGUCUGUUUGAUUGGUUGCGGAUUUUCCACUGGAUAUGGGGCUGCUGUUAAGACGGGCAAGGUAAUCCCAGGUUCCACCUGCGCUGUCUUUGGCCUUGGAGGAGUUGGCUUAUCGGUCAUCAUGGGCUGCAAGUCAGCUGGGGCCUCUAGGAUCAUUGGGAUUGACCUCAAUAAAGCCAAGUUUUAGAAGGCCCUGGCUGUAAGAGCCACAGAGUGCAUCAGCCCCAAGGACUCUGUCAAGCCCAUCAGUGAGGUGCUGCCGGAAAUGACAGGCAACAGUGUGGGCUAUACUUUUGAAGUUAUUGGGUGUCUUGAAACCAUGGUCGAUGCCCUUGCAUCCUGCCACAUGAACUAUGGGACCAGUGUGGUGGUGGGUGCGCCUCCUUUGGCCAAGAUGCUCAGCUAUGACCCAAUGCUGCUCUUCACUGGAUGCACAUGGAAGGGGUGUGUCUUUGGAGGCUGGAAGAGCAGAGACGAUGUACCAAAACUAGUGGCUGAUUUCUUGGCAAAGAAAUUUGACCUGGACCAGUUGAUAACACACAUUUUACCUUUUAACAAAAUCAAUGAAGGGUUCGAACUGCUGUACUCAGGACAAAGCAUUCGAACUGUCUUGACCUUAUAAGAUCCUGGGGAGGACUCUGUGGACCUUUCCUUCUGUGAUUCCCUCCUUGGAUAAUGCAGCUGU